AUGCUCCCGCAAUAUGCUUCGUGUUCCUUCACGGCACCACCGGGCCUGCAGCAGUUCGCACGGCCGCAAGGGGUGCAGACUGAAGCAGUCGCCCCCUUGCAUCCAGCGCAGAGCCAAGCAUGGUCGGCACCGGCACAGAUUCCCUUGGCGUCCUGGGAGUCUGCUGGGCCUCCGAGAGGCGCGGCCUCUCCACAGCCACCCUCCAGCGCUGCAGCAAUUCCAUCUCGGCUGGGUGAUUGCAACUACGGAACUUGGGGGCAUCCAGAGCUUUGCAACCGCCCCUGCGUGCACAUGCAGAAGUCGGGGGAAUGUCCUUCCGGACAAAGAUGCGAGCAUUGUCAUUUGCCUCAUGCGGCACCAGUUGCGAAAAUGGACAAGUUGCAGCGCCGCCUGAUGCAGCAAUUGAGCAGGGAUGCAGUCGCUGUAAUCCUUCUGCCGCAGAUCCGGCAGAGGGCGGCGACUGCCGGGCUUCUGACCCACAUGCUGGACCUUAUCCACGUGCUCGAGGAAGAUGCCAACCCUCCGACAGUGGAAGUGGAGGCGGAGUUGGCAGAGAUUCCACAGCGCCAAAUACGCGGGCUGAAGCGGGUCCUGGCACGAAUGCCGCUUUGUGCACUUGCCACCUUGGCUGCAGUAUUUUUGAAAUGA